AUGGCGCAGGUGGAUGGGACCCCCCAGCCCCGGGCUGCCCCCGGCCAGCCCUGCGUGUUCAAGCUGGUGCUGCUGGGGAGUGGCUCCGUGGGCAAGUCCAGCUUGGCUCUCCGCUACGUGAAGAACGACUUCAGGAGCGCCCUGCCUACCGUGGGAUGUGCGUUCUUCACAAAGGUGGUGGACUUAGGUGCUGAGUCUCUGAAGCUUGAGAUCUGGGACACAGCUGGCCAGGAGAAGUACCACAGUGUCUGCCACCUCUACUUUAGGGGUGCCAAUGCUGCACUUCUGGUGUACGACAUCACCAGGAAGGAUUCCUUCCACAAGGCUCAGCAGUGGCUGCAGGACCUGGAGAAGGAGUUCUGCCCCGGGGAAGUCGUGCUCAUGCUGGUCGGCAACAAGACGGACCUCAGUGCGGAGCGGGAGGUGACACUCCAGGAAGGGCAGGAGUUUGCAGAGAGCAAAAGGUUGCUGUUCAUGGAAACCUCGGCCAAACUGAACCACCAGGUGACCGAGGUCUUCAGUGCCGUAGCCCGAGAGCUGCUGCAGAGAGAAGGCGACAGGCAGGGCCAGGCCCAGCGGGGGGACGCAGCUGUGGUUCUGAAGGAGGGGCCCUCCAGGCAGGCCAAAUGCUGCGCCCACUAG